AUGGCAGAAAAUGAAAGCGAGAGGAUUUCCGCAAGCCCAAUCCGGACGGCGGUUGAGACAGAGAUUCGGACGACGGAAGGCCACACGCACUGGCGCUGUCGCGCUGUCACCGUGGACCCGAAGAACAUCAACCGAAUCAGAAUAGCGUGCCGCGACGAAGAUGAACACCAGCUGGUCAAGAAAGUGGCGUCCAUGGUCGUUUACCUGACUAAAGGCACUGACGCACGGAGGCUCCUGGCUGACGGGUUCUUUCACGCUGGAGGAGAAUCUGGCGUGACAAGUACCUUCGAGUAUCGACCUUGA